GCGGGGGCCGGGCCAGGCCGGGCCGAGGCGGUACAAUGCGGGGCGGUGCGGAGCUGGGUCAGCUGCCGCCAUGCCGUUCUUGGAGCUGGAGACCAACCUGCCGGCCGAGCGGCUGCCGCCGGGGCUGGCCCUGGAGCUCUGCGCCGCCGCUGCCGACAUCCUGGGCAAGCCGGUGGAGCGGAUGAACGUGACGGUGCGCAGCGGGCUGCCCAUGGCGCUGUUGGGCUCGGCGGAGCCCUGCGCCCAGCUGCUCGUCUCGUCCAUCGGCGUGGUGGACUCGGCGGAGCAGAACCGGCGGCACAGCGCCCGUUUCUUCGACGUCCUGACGGCCAAGCUGGGCCUCAGCGCCGAGCGGAUUCUCAUCCGCUUUUACCUGCUGGAGCCCUGGCAGAUUGGCAAGGACAGAACAGUUGUGACAUUCCUCUGAUCCCUUGAGCAGCUAGUUGGAGCAAAGCAAUGAUGAAGACAUCCCAGAGAUGAGCAGCUCUAUCUACUUGCUUCCUCUUAUGAUCAAAUCUGUGUAGCUCUGCACUAUCACUUACACUGUUCACUGUAUGUCUUUGAUUUUUGUGCACACAAAGCUCAGGAGUGGAGCACUCAGCUGUAGUGACUUUAUUAAACCAGUUCAAAGCCUG